CUCGUUUCACCUCCGAUUCGCAUUGAUAACCAAAAGCUAACAUCUGACGAUUCGUGUACCCCACUCGCGUCGUUAGAUGCACACGACUUGAUACGAGUGCGAGAUUGGCCAUUCUAUUUGAAUGUGGCUUCCAGUGAGAACGGCGGCGACCUUUCACUGCGGUUUUGCAUCGAAUGGCACCCCAAAAAGGAAACACUCAGCUGCUGACCAAAAAUCGCCUGAUUAAGCCCUUCUGCGAGCAAGAACCGAGGACAAACCUGGCAUUGCCCUUCAGCUCAUCAUCGCCCAGGAGUGUCCAGACUCACCAGUUUCCCGCCUUUCCGUCAGCGUUGGGAGCAACUCAUAAUGUACUCAGAGGACGAAGACAAACUCUGCGAGGAAAAUCUCCUGGAGAGACAUGACAGUAUAGACGGCCUUAACAUUAAGAGCCUUCGGUUAGCAUGGCCAUGGAGACGCCAAGUGUAUCUAUGGAUCCUGCAACUAGUCUUCUUCCUGAUUUCAUUGUCCUUCUUGCUAGUUGCUCAUUCGGGCUACUAUUGUCCCCGUCAAGAUGGCUACGAAGACCACAUGCCUAUGUACUCUCCCGCUCUCGAAGGCAUCAAGGGCACUGGCCACUACCAUCGUUUCGACGGGAGUUUUAUGACGCCGAACGCUUUCAAAGGCACGCCGAAUCCCUCAAUCGACGAAAACUGGGAUAGCAUCACAUAUGCGGAUGGAGGUGUGAUCAGUAUCUCUGAAGAGACUCUUUACGCCGUCAAUGCAUCAGCCAAGUACUCCGUCAAGCUGGCGCCAGAGAUCGGUGGUGGAUACAUGGCGUCUGUGGAAGUCCUGCAUCAGCUGCACUGCUUGAACAUGUUGCGCCAGGCGACUUACGAGGAUUACUAUAAGGAUAAGGCGGAGCCGUGGAAGGAUAGCCCGCAGACACUGCGGUAUCAUCUUGAUCACUGCAUUGAUAAUCUACGUCAAAAGUUAAUGUGUGACGCUGACGCCGGCAUUCUGACCUAUGUUUGGGCGAAAGGCCAUCCUGCACCCUUUCCAGAUUUUAGCGUGCAGCACAAAUGUCGUGACUUUAGCGCCCUGAAGAACUGGGUCAUCGAUCACCAGAUUUAUGCCACAAAGGAACACGGAAUAGAAAGACUCCCUGGAUCUCAGGAGCUUGAAAGCCCUCCCUAAAAAUUUCAUAUUCUUAUGGUGGCUUUAUACCUAGGGAUUUGGGUGUUGUGACAUGGAGGUAGUGGUAGCUCUCUAGUACUAUCGUUGAAUGAAGACUUUGCUUCGGAAAGUUGUUACCCACAUUGGAGACAUAGUAACCAUCAUCACAAGAAAGCUGCUUUCCAGUGAUCUUUAUAAUCGAACUCUCGAUACUCUAGUCUCUAGUCCCUACCUAAGGUUCAUGCACUAUCACCAUACUUGGGUAGAACAUCAUCCAACUUUCGUGCUAUUACCUGCGGGAACACGCCACCCAUCUUAACUUCACCGGACUUACGAACUUCAUCAAUGUAAUUCAUCAGCGCCUGUAUUUCUUCCAAACGUCCCU